CUCAACUAUGGCCUUACUCUUCUUGUUGGCUGCCCUCGUGGGCUGUGUAGUGGCUAAGCCUUCCAGCGAAAAUGUGACACCAGUUGAAAUUACUCUAUACUACGAAUCAUUAUGCCCUGGCUGUCGAAUUUUCAUUCCAAACCAAUUGUUGCCAGCCUAUACGGACUUGAAGUAUGAUUACCGCUCUUUAAUAUCUAAACUCACAUUGGUGCCCUAUGGUUGGGUUGCGGUUAAAAAUGCAACAAGCCAUGAUUAUGCAUGUCAGCAUGGCGAGUCCGAAUGCGAGGGCAACAGGUUGCACGCCUGCGCCAUCAAGUACAUCCCAGAUCAAGUAGCAACAAUAGAAUAUAUCUCAUGCUUGGACCAACUGGAAUCGAAUUAUCUCACAUUUGCGUCUUCGCAAUACCCCAUUGACGAGUGUCAAGAUAAACUCCCAGAAGGAGUCUACUCAAAAAUAAUGAGCUGCUACAAUUCAGACGAAGCAUGGGAAUUAUUCCAAAACAAUGGAAAGAAAACCACCUCGUUUUUUCCAAAAGGUGGUUUCAUUCCAUAUGUUUCCUUCAACAAUAAACGAGAUGAUGAAUUGGCCAUAUCUGCAUUUAAGGACUUCAGAAAGACACUCUGCGAAGCUGCCGGAGUCGCUGAUCCAGAUUGUUCUGCAUAAAACUAACUGAUUCUAAAUUUUUCUUCUUAAUCAUGCAGUCCAAAAUAUCUUGAUAAUUUAUCUGACUUUAUAUUAAAAUUUUGUACUUUAAUCAAUGCACAAGAAUUCUUCUAAAUAGAACUAAAUUGUGUCAAUCACGAAUUCUGAAUGGAAAAUGAAAUAUAUGAAGAAAAUUGAUAACAUAA